CAAAAGCUUAAGAAAAGUACCCCCAAAUACUUUUUUCCUUCUUACCUGCUGAAUUUUAGUCGUUUUAGGUCCUAAAACAUGGGGAGUCUUGCUUCUGCAACACCAAACAGAAGGUUACAAGGAAAGGUGGCAAUCAUAACCGGUGGGGCAAGAGGAAUAGGAGCAAGCGCAGUGAAAGUAUUCCACGAAAACGGAGCAAAAAUCGUAAUCGCAGAUAUCCAAGAUGCUGAAGGCCAAGCUCUUGCUAAGAAGCUCGGAUCAGAAGACGUUUACUACAUCCACUGCGACGUGUCAAAUGAGGAUGACAUCCAAAAUCUCAUAGACACCACCGUCGCUAAAUAUGGAAAGCUUGACAUAAUGUACAACAAUGCCGGCGUCCUAGACAAGCCCUUCGGGAGCAUCUUGGAUGCCACAAAGUCUGACCUUGACCUAGUUAUCAGAGUCAACUUGGUUGGGGCUUUUCUCGGAGCCAAACACGCCUCUAGGGUUAUGAUACCACAGGGCAAUGGGUGCAUUCUUUUCACCUCUAGUGCAUGUACUUCUAUUGCUGGGCUCGGGACUCACACUUAUACUGCGUCGAAAUACGCCGUGUUAGGGUUGGCAAAGAACUUAGCGGGUGAAGUAGGGCAGUAUGGGAUUAGAGUGAAUUGCGUGUCGCCUUUUGGAGUGGUGACACACAUGGCGACGGGUGGUAAUGAGGGUGUCAAAGUGGAGGAAUUAGAGCAGCAAAUUAGUGCAUUGGGAAAUCUCAAAGGGCAUGUCCUAAAGGCUGAGGAUGUGGCCAAGGCUGCGCUUUUUUUGGCUAGUGAUGAGGCGCAUUAUGUGAGUGGUUUGAAUCUUAUGGUGGAUGGUGGGUUUAGUAUUGUCAAUCCUACGCUCAUGAUCAGGGCUUCUAAUCAAAUUCAGUGA